AUGUCUUCCUCCGCCGCCUCCUUCGCCCGCGCCUCCCGGCCGCUCUUCUCCUCCGCGUCCGCCGCAGCCCAGACCCGACAGGCCUUCUCGCGCGCCUCGGGCUUCCAACAGGCCUUCCGCACCCAGCAGCGACAACAAUGGGGCCGCAGGUGGCAGUCCACCGCCAGUGCUGAGCAGCAGGCGGCCCAGCAGGUCGGCUGGUUCAAGCGCAUGUGGGACAGCCCCAUCGGCUUCAAGACGGUACACUUCUGGGCGCCCGUCAUGAAGUGGGCCAUCGUCCUCGCCGGCAUAGCCGACUUCGGCCGCCCGGCCGAGAAGCUCUCGCUGCAGCAGAACGGCGCCCUGACCGCCACUGGCAUCAUCUGGACGCGCUGGUGCCUCAUCAUCAAGCCCAAGAACUACCUGCUCGCCGCCGUCAACUUCUUCCUCGGCGUCGUCGGCGUCGUCCAGGUCACCCGCAUCCUGCUGUGGCGCCAAAGCCAGAAGGACAAGUCCCUCGCCGACGAGGUCAGCGAGGUCAAGGAGGAGGUCAAGGAGGCCAUCAAGAGCGCUUAG